ACGCGCGAGAUGCAUGUGUGUGUGUGCGUAAGCCACAUAAUCAUAUAAAGUGUAACGUGUAACGUUCAUUUUUGAUUGUUUGAAUCAUUAUUAAAAUAAAUAACCCGUACCUCAUUUUACUUUUUCUCGAUAAACACGUUUAUAGAAAAUGCCGAAGUCAAAAGAGUUUGUAUACACGGAUAAUGACAGUACUGAUGAGGAAAUAAAGCCAAAGAGGCAGAAGAAAGAAAUUGAAGAUAAGAAAGGGAAGGUAUCAAAAAAGAUGCCAGAGAGAGAAUCUAAUAAAGAUGAAGAUACUGUAUGGGAUUUGGGAAAUAAUCGCCAAAUUAGUAUAAGAGACUUUAAAGGAAAAUUAUAUGUUGACAUCAGAGAAAUGUAUUACGAUAAAGAAGCAAAUUUAAAGCCUGGAAAGAAAGGUAUUUGCUUAAGCAUAGCUCAAUGGCAAAAGUUACUAUCUGUUGUGGAUGAUGUCGACAAAGCAGUAAAGUCUAAAUCCUGAAUAUUUAUCUUCUUCUGUAUCUAGUAAAUAUUUCAAUGGUUUGGGAUUAUUGAAUAUUUAAUACAUGUCUCUAUUACUAUUUAUAGACAAACUACACUACAUUUUAUAUAUAAUCUUUAGUUACAGUCAUGUAUCAGUUUGUUAUAUCCAUGAAAUAGUAUUUUCAAUAAAACAUGUUUUCCAUCUUA